CUUCCUGUAAUAAGUGUGUUUUUGCCUCUUUUCAGUGAUGGCUGGGCAGACCGAGAUGAAGUCAUCGAAGGCUACGAACCUGAAGCAAAUGGAGGCAUCACUAUCAAACUGCAGUCUCCAGAGGUUUUGUCAUUUGAUGACUACUAUCUGAAGCUGCGUCUGGACACCAACACCCGCAACCCAUGGUUUCCUGAGUUCUGGCAACACAGAUUUCAGUGCCGGAUCCCGGGGCACCCACUAGAGAAUCCCAAUUUCCAGAAGAACUGCACUGGCAAUGAGAGCCUAGAAGAAAAUUAUGUGCAGGACAGUAAAAUGGGAUUUGUCAUCAAUGCUAUAUAUGCUAUGGCUCAUGGGCUACAGAAUAUGCAUCAUUCCCUUUGCCCUGGAUAUGUUGGGCUGUGUGAUGCUAUGAAGCCAAUUGAUGGCAGCAAGCUCUUGGAGUUUCUUCUUAAAUCCUCGUUCAUCGGUGUUUCUGGAGAAGAAGUUUGGUUUGAUGAAAAGGGAGAUGCCCCUGGAAGGUAUGACAUCAUGAACCUGCAGUACAUAGAGCCCAACCGCUAUGACUAUGUCCUCAUUGGAACCUGGCACGAGGGUGUGCUCAACAUCGACGACUACAGGAUUCAGAUGAAUAAGAGUGGAAUGGUCCGGUCUGUUUGCAGUGAGCCUUGCUUGAAGGGACAGAUUAAGGUGAUCAGGAAAGGAGAAGUGAGUUGCUGCUGGAUUUGCACGGCUUGCAAGGAGAAUGAAUUUGUUCAGGAUGAAUUCACAUGUAAAGCCUGUGAGCUUGGCUGGUGGCCGAAUGCUGACCUGACAGGCUGUGAACCCAUCCCUGUAAAGUACCUCCAGUGGAGCAAUAUAGAGUCUAUUGUGGCUGUGGUCUUUUCCUGCCUGGGGAUCCUGGUCACCAUGUUUGUCACCCUUAUCUUUGUGCUCUACAGGGACACCCCUGUUGUCAAAUCCUCCAGCCGGGAGCUCUGCUACAUUAUCCUUGCUGGCAUCUUUCUGGGUUAUGUCUGCCCUUUCACCCUUAUAGCUAAACCCACCACAACGUCCUGUUACCUCCAGCGCCUUCUGGUGGGUCUCUCCUCUGCCAUGUGCUAUUCUGCCCUUGUGACCAAAACCAACCGCAUUGCACGCAUCCUGGCAGGCAGCAAAAAGAAGAUCUGUACCCGCAAGCCACGUUUCAUGAGCGCAUGGGCCCAAGUAGUCAUUGCCUCCAUUUUGAUAAGCGUGCAGUUGACACUGGUGAUUACGCUGAUUAUUCUGGAGCCCCCAAUGCCCAUCCUCUCCUACCCCAGCAUUAAGGAAGUUUACCUUAUCUGCAACACCAGCAACCUAGGCGUCGUGGCUCCUGUGGGCUACAAUGGACUCCUCAUCAUGAGCUGCACAUACUAUGCCUUCAAGACUCGCAAUGUGCCUGCCAAUUUCAAUGAGGCCAAGUACAUUGCAUUCACCAUGUACACCACUUGUAUCAUCUGGCUGGCCUUUGUGCCUAUCUAUUUUGGGAGCAACUACAAGAUCAUCACCACCUGUUUUGCAGUAAGCCUGAGUGUGACAGUGGCACUGGGGUGCAUGUUCACUCCUAAGAUGUACAUCAUCAUAGCCAAGCCUGAGAGGAACGUCCGCAGUGCCUUCACCACCUCAGAUGUGGUGCGUAUGCAUGUCGGGGAUGGCAAGGCACCUUGCAAAUCCAACACUUUCCUCAACAUAUUCCGGAGAAAGAAGCCAGGGGCUGGAAAUCCAAAGUAAGUGAUUGACUGCAGGC